AUGUCCCCGCCGUACUCGCCCAUCGCCCAAGGCGACCCGCGCGAGUCCUCCGAGACGCUCCUCACUCAGCCCACCGGCGUGAACGCCCACGGCAACGGCGCCUGCCAGUGCGGCCACCACCGCUCAUCGGCCUGGCACCGCUCCUGGCCCUGGCUCGCUGCCGCCGCCGUGCUCUCUGUUGUCGCCCUCGCCGCGAUCAUCCAGCUCACCCGCUCCCCGUCUGACGCACAGUGCGCGGCGCGCCUCUCUACAUACUCACCCGCACUCGACGCGGUCGCCUACCACACCGUCGACUUCAACGGCUCCUUCCGUUUUCCGUCCGAGUACCGUGGUGUACCAAGCCCCGCCAUCGAUGCGGCAUGGGAGUAUAUCUCCAUGAAGCCGGGGGCGCUGCGCAUCGCCCCGGACGAGUUGAACAAGAUCGGCAAGCCCGCGAACCCAUCCCUCGUGCGCUUCCAGGACGACGACGGCGGCGGCUACAUGGGCUCGCUCGAGUUCACCCACCAGCUGCACUGCCUCAACGCGCUGCGCAAGUACAGCUAUCGCGAGUAUUACGACGGGCGCGACCCGAUGUUCGACGCCCGCCCGGACACCGUCCGCACACACGUCGACCACUGCAUCGAGAUGCUGCGCCAGACGCUGAUGUGCCACGCCGACACCGGGCUGAUCACGUACGACUGGGUCGCGGGGCACAGCACACAGUACCCGGACUUUAGCACGCGCCAUGUGUGCCGCGACUUUUCCCGUGUCCUGCGCUGGGCGUACGACCACCAUGUGCAUGUGCCCGAGAGGCGGGUCGUGCGUCUCGCGGACAACGUCGAUCUCGCGGAGGAGCCAUGA